AUGGAAGGAUUUUUCAAAAAGAAGUUACCUUUGAAGAGGAAAUUACCAUCAAAUGAGCUACAAUUUAGUUCUCACGAGCAAGAGCAACAAAUUGAAGUUAAUUUGGAUGAGUUGCCAUUAGAUCCCGGAGAGCGGAUUAAAAUGUCAGCAUAUCUUCCUAAAGAUCGAGAUAAGAUACGAAAAGUUUAUUUACAAAGAGGACCAUUUCAACCUAAAAAACACACUUUUCCCCAGAGGAAAAUUGGAAGUGGUUUAAGGAGAUUUUGCCCGUCUUGGUAUAUUGAGUAUGGAAAUUGGUUAGAGUAUAGCAUAGAAAAAGAUGCAGCGUUUUGUUUUUGUUGUUAUCUUUUUAAGUCUGAUUUCGGAAAGAAUGUAGGUGGUGAUUCAUUUGUGACAGAGGGGUUCUCGAAUUGGAAAAAGAAAGAAAGGCUUGCAUCUCAUGCGGGAGGUCCUAAUAGUGCUCAUAACAUUGCUUGGAAGAAAUGUUUAGAUUUCAUGAAACAAAAUCAAGUGGCGUCGCCUAAUAAGCAAUCUGCACAAGUUUGUGAUCUGCAUCCGAGCCGUUUAGCAACUACAAUUGAUUGCAUUCGUUAUUUACUAAAGCAAGGUUUAGCUUUGUGUGAUUUUGAAUCAACUGAUUCGGCCGAUCAAGGUAAGUUCCUUGAACUUCUUAAAGUUCUUUUUGAAUGCGAAGAAUCAAGAAGUCUUGUCUUGGGGGACACUUCAGAAAAUUAUCAAUUGAUCACUCCGACAAUUCAAAAGGAUAUUCUUAGUGUAGCUGCUUUGGAAACCACUAAUGCUAUUGUUAGUGAUCUUGGAGAUGAAUUGUUUGGUAUUCUUGUUGAUGAAGCUUGUGACAUAUCAAAUAAGUGGCAAAUGGUUGUUGCUUUGCGUUAUGUUGACAAAAGGGGAAGUGUUGUUGAGCAUUUUCUUGGUAUUGUUAAUGUUAAAGACAUUACAGCUUUAUCAUUUAAAAUGCAAAUUGAUGAAUUAUUUUGCAAACACGGGCUUAGUAUAUCAAGAAUUCGUGGAUAUGGUUAUGACAGUGCUAGCAACUUGCAAGAAGAAUUUUCUGGUCUCAAAAGUUUGAUAUUAGAGGAGAACCCAUAUGCGUUUUAUGUACACUCUUUUGCUCAUCACUUAGAACUUACCUUAGUUGCUAUUGCCAAAAAUCACCUACAAGUUUGUUCUUUUUUUAAAUCCGUGUCAACUCUAAUGAAUGUUGUUGGGGGGUCAUGCAAACAACAUGACAUGCUUCGUGAAAGACAAAUUGGCGAUGUUAGAAAGACAUUGGAAAUAGGAGAAAUUCCUAGUGGACAAGGUUUGUAUCAAGAAACUAUUCUCAAACGAACUAUGGAUACUCGUUUGAGUUCACAUCAUGCAACUCUGGUCAAUUUGAUAACGAUGUAUUCGGCUAUAACUGAUGUUCUUGAAAUUAUGAAAGAAGAUGGAUUAAAUGUAGAUCAAAGAGCUGAAGCCAAUGGUCUUUUACUUUUGUUUGAGGAGUUUGAUUUUGCAUUCACAUUGCAUUUGAUGAAAAAUGUCUUGGCUAUAUCAAAUGAAUUGUCACAAGCAUUGCAAAGAAAAGACCAAAAUAUUGAUGAUGUUAUGAACUUGGUUAACAUCACAAAGCAAAAUUUACAAGCUAUGAGGAGUAAAGGAUGGGAGUCUUUAUUGCAAGAAGUAAUUUUAUUUUGUAAUAUGCAUGCUAUUAAUGUUCCUCAUAUGGAAGAUAUAUUUUGUUCUAAGGGGAAGUCACGACGCGAAGGCAAAGCUCAAGUUAUCACAAUAGAGCAUCACUAUCGUGUUGAAUUAUUUUAUACUGUUGUGGGCAUGCAACUUCAUGAACUUAAUGAUUGUUUCACUGAGACAAAUACUCGGUUGCUCCUUUCUAUGGCUUGUUUGAGUCCAACCAACAAGUUCUCUGCAUUUGAUAAGACAAAGGUGAUGGAAUUUGCAAGUUUUUAUCCACAUGAAUUUUCUCCUACGGACUUAACAAUGCUUGAUAAUGAACUUGAAACUUACAUCAUUGACGUGCGUCGUGAUGCUGAUUUUGCAUCUUUAAAAGAAAUCAAUGAUCUUUCAGAGAAGUUGGUCAAAACUAGAAAACAUAUUGUUUACCCAUUAGUUUAUCUUCUUCUAAAGUUAGCUCUGAUUUUGCCUGUUGCCACACCAACCACUGAAAGAGCCUAUUCUUCUAUGAAAUUUGUGAAGAAUAUGUUGCAUAAUCGGAUAGCCGAUGAAUGGACAAAUGAUUGUAUAGUAACUUACAUUGAGAAAGAUGUGUUCAACACUAUUGACAAUGAGCUCAUCAUUCAACGAUGUCAGAACAUGAAAUCACGUAAUGAACAAUUAUGA